GCUGCAAGCGAGAAAAAUAGAAAGGCCGGUGUAAAUGUAAUACGGGUGAGGUUGGUUGUUGGUGUUGUGGCCUGAUUUAACUUUUAAGUCGGCUCUACACUAAUACUUGUGUCCUUUGCUAGCGGGUAGAGGAAAAAGUCAAUGCUAUCGACCCCCUCAAGCUUCAUUUCAUUCAUCAUUAAGUGUUCCACUCAGAUCUCUGCUUCUUCUCUACUCAUUUCCACUCAAUUCGUAUUUAGCGGCUGCGGCGGCAGCAGCAGCUCCAGCUCAACAUGAUCGAUCAAUUCAUCAACUUCGUUAUUCGCCCGCCCAGGGCAGAGUAUGAUCCAGACCAGUUUUUAUGGGAAAAAGAGUUUACUUUAGCUGGCAAAGAGUACAAAAGACAAGACCUUGAGUUAAGAAAUUCAAGAGGCCAUGUCCUGCGGUGCAGUCAUUACGUUCCUUCAAUUUUUCCUGAUAACGCUUUGCUUCCUUGUGUGAUUUACUGCCAUGGAAACAGCGGAUGUAGGGCAGAUGCAAAUGAAGCUGCUCUCAUACUUCUUCCAUUUAAUAUUACCGUGUUUACUCUUGAUUUUUCUGGUUCAGGCUUAUCUGAUGGAGAAUAUGUUAGUCUUGGUUGGCACGAGAAAGACGACCUUAAGGUUGCAGUGUCUUAUUUGAGAAGCAACAACCAAAUAUCAUGCAUAGGUCUCUGGGGAAGGUCAAUGGGUGCUGUAACCAGCCUACUUUAUGGAGCCGAAGAUCCUUCAAUAGCUGGAAUGGUGUUAGACAGCGCCUUCUCCAAUUUGUUUGACCUGAUGAUGGAACUGGUGGAUGUGUACAAAAUCAGGCUUCCUAAAUUUACGGUCAAGGUAGCAGUACAAUACAUGCGCCGAGUAAUACAAAAGAGGGCCAAAUUUGAUAUUAUGGACCUGAAGUGUGUACAGGCUGCGCCAAAAACAUUCAUUCCCGCUUUAUUUGGACAUGCUAAUGACGACAAGUUUAUCAAACCAAGCCAUUCUGACAUCAUCUUUAAAACCUAUGCGGGUGACAAAAAUAUCAUAAAAUUUGAUGGUGAUCACAACUCCUCCCGACCACAGUUCUAUUAUGAUUCGGUAUCUAUUUUCUUCUACAAUGUCCUUCAUCCUCCCCGACCUACAGCUGCUUAUUCAAAUAAAGUUGAGAAAUAUUAUGAUUUAGGGGACUUAAAAUUUGGUGCUGGUAUGGAUGAGAGUCUGCUGUAUGAGAUAAUAUCCGGCAUCCGAACCAUGGGUACUGACGCGGCUAGCUCUUCUUCUGCCCCACCCAGUGUUUCAGCUGCAAAAACUGUUGGUGAUUCGCUUUUUGACAUCGGUCAAAUUGCAAGUAAGGAAAGUAUCUGUAAUGAAAAUGUCUUGCUUACCGGAAACCAUACAUCACAGUUGCAGGAUAAGUCGAAUGAGGAAUGUUCAUCGUAUACGAGCUCAAAUAGAGAGAGUUGGGGUAGAUGCUCUUCAUUGGGCAGUAUUGAUGAACCUGCAGCUGAUUGCACCACUUCUGAUGACAACCAUCAGAUGACUUUGAAGGUGCUUGCAACACCUCUACGGAACAUUCAGCCGACAUUGUUUGAACCAGAUAUUGACAAAACAAAGCAGAAGCAAAAGAAGGUUCUGACAGCUAAGAGAUCAAGACAUGAAAAAUUGGAGGCCCUAGGCCAACGCCUGCGUCUUGGCAUUCUGAGAAGGGUUGGGCACAGAAGAAACCGAUCAUCAUAAUGGUUCUCACAGGUGGAACCGCAUCUUCAGGUCUCAUUCUAUUCUCUGAAUUUAACCCCUAUUCCAAAAGGUCUCCCUCCAUGCAUAUGCAAAGUCCCCACCCUUCCCCAUUGUAUUAUAAUGUAUGAGAAGCAGAUGACAAUUAGAGAAAUAGGUUUGAAAUUUGUAGGCACUGAGUACCAGAUUCGUAUAUAUACUCUGGGUUCGUUUGUAAUAAUAAUUUCAGUUUAAAAUUGUAGUUUUCAGGAGAUCAGAUAUUAGAACUGAAACAUUUAAUCUGGUUAAAAUUGAGAUAUUAGAGUUGAUGCUUAUUUUGAGCAACUAUUAGCGGUCAGAUUUCUUGGGUACUUGUAUGACAGUGUUAGAAAGAACAUGUUUAUGGAAGUAGUCAAUGGGCUUUUUCAAUACUGAAGCUGAGCUGUUCCAAAUGUUUGAAUUGUAAGGGAAUAUGUUUAUUUGCGGAA